AUGAAACUUAUACGCUUACUUCACUUUACGGAUAUUCAUUUUCACUCUGUAUCUCUCGCUGGACACCUCCCCACCUGGAAGGAGCUUCUCGGUUAUGCAAACCUGUACAUUGCGGGGAGGAGGAAAGCCUUCGCUGCCCUCGAAGCUGCGAAAGCACUCUGUGAACUCGUACAAAGUCUAAACCCGGAUGUCGUUAUUUUUUCGAGUGAUCUUACGUCAACGGGUACCUGUGAAGAGUUCGCUACGGCAUACGAGCACUUAAGGCCGCUAAUUGAAAGUAGCAAUACUUUUGAGGCAGCGCAAGGUAAAAACAGAAGCACGGCGAGUGGUCCGUUUCUCAUCAUGGUGGCCGGAAACCAUGACGGUUAUACCCAGUGA